UAUAUUUAAAAAAAAAUAAAAAAUAUAUUCUUUUUUAUUACAGGGUGAAUUCAGCAUUUCUAACGGAGAGGGAGGGGCAUUUCGAGUUAAAGUCCGAGAUAAGAAGACAUUCUCUCAUCAAUUCACCGGCGAACAGAACAGCUGUUUGUCUCUUCAGACACGUUUGGGGUUUAUGUAAUCAUGUCAAGUUUGCUAUACUGCCGACGCUUUCUCUUGAGAUCUUCUUCUUCGAUUGAUUCCGUACACUCAUCUUCCAUUUCGUGGUUUCUGCUGAGUAGUAGAAGAAGAACAUUGAGUUCAGUCUCCGACACGAAAACAGAGGACGCCAAAAGAAAGAGACCACCUUUGAAAUCGUUUACUGUAAAUUAUCUCGUGAAUUCAUGUGGGUUGUCCUUGGAAUCUGCUAAAUCGAGGUCUAGAUUCGUAAAGUUUUCAACUUCCAAGAGACCAGACUCUGUCCUCGCCCUCCUCAAGAACAACGGCUUCACCUUUGAACAGAUCACCAGGGUCGUCAAAUCAUUCCCUAGUAUCCUCAUAGUUAACCCAGACGCAGUUCUCUUGCCAAAGCUCUUGUUCUUCCGUUCAAUCGGGCUAACGAGCGCUGACACAGCGAAACUGAUCUCGAAUUGUCCCACAACGCUGUCACUCAGCUUGCAGAACAGGCUGAUCCCUUGCUAUGAUUCUCUCAAGAGCAUACUCGUUGAGGAGGAGAGUAUCCUCAAAUGUCUGAGACGCGGGUAUUGGAUUUUCACUUUGGACACUGUGAAGUACUUGGCUGCAAGGCUUUCUCUUUGUAGAGAUGCUGGAGUUAAAGACCAAAGCAUCAGAAGAUUGGUCCAAAAUGGUCCGCUUGUGUUCUUCUGCUCAGAGAGAAAGUUUAACGAGGUUCUGUCCAGAGUACGCAGCUUCGGUUUUGAUCCGAAGAAGAUGUAUUUCAUUCAUGCUAUGUUGGUUUUCUUUCAUGUGAGUGAAUCAACUGUGGAGCGCAAGUUUGAGCUGUACCAACAGUUUGGUUGGUCCAGAGGCGAGUUUGUGGCAGCGUUCAUGAGGUUUCCAAACUGUGUGAAGAUAUCGGAUGAGAAGAUAAAGGGAACCAUGGAGUACCUUGUAAACAAUGCUGGUCUGAAGGCCAGUGCAGUUGCUAUGCAGCCUUUUGUUUUGGGUCUGAGUUUGGAGAAGAGAAUCAAACCAAGGAACAUGGUGAUCCCUGAUCUUCUGUCUAAAGGGUUCGUGAAGAAAGAGGAUUUGAACUAUUUCCAGAUCCUUAAGGUUAAAGAAUGUGUUUUUGUGGAUAAGUUUGUUCUCAAGUUUCAGCAGGUUUCUUCUCUCCAGCCAUCCCUAUAGUCGCUUCUCUUUGUUUUAUGUGUAUUGUGGCAUGUACUGCAUUGUUGAUCUCUUGUUGAGUUGAUUUUAGUGGUUUUAACAUAUAUUAGUUUCA